AUGAGACCAAAAUGGUGGCUUUCCAGUGUCCAAGUGGAAGAAUCGCUGCAUCUCGAACGUCGUUUUCAGAGUGGAACUACUGCAGUACCUGGGUUUGAUCAGCAUGAUUUUAGCGAUCGGCUGAAUCGGUUGAUAAGCCAAAGUUCUAUCGGAUCUAGUUUACCAUCGCUGAGUUCAUUACACUCUGCAUCCUCACUCAUCACAAUGCCGGCUGCAAAGGUAGCUGAUGGAUCAUUAACUCCUUUGCCUCUAUUUUUCCUCUUUGUUAACUUAAUCAUAGACCGACAACGCGAUUUAGAACUUUAUAAAAUUCUUCGAGGGAAAAAAGCCGAGUUAGAGGAAUUGCUGAGGUCGCGCCUCCAUGAAUUGCGGUUAAUCUGUUUAAAAGAAGGAGAAAUCACGGGAGAAAUGCCCGAAGAAAUCAACACCACGUUAAAGCCUGGGGAGGAGAUGCCGAAAUUAAAAAAGAGAGUUGGCACUUCGUUCUCAAUUCCGGAGGAAAUCCUCAAAAGUGAUAAGGUGAGCAUCUCCAAAGGUCAACUGGAAACUGACGUUGAGCUACACAAGCGGAUCGUCGCAGCUGCAGAGCGCCUGGCUAAGGAUAAAACUAUGAAUAAAAGCGUCCGCAAGAAGAGACAGAAGGAUUUAGCUGCAGCUGCCCUAAAAUUACGCGGUCUUGAGUUAGGUCUGAAUCAAAUGCGUCUAAGCGCCAGCAAACCUGAUGUUAGCUCACUUGAAUGCAGUGGAAGCGUGUCAUGGAAUGCGUUUCCACAGCAGAACAAUGGCACCAUUUUGAGCAGGGCUGUGGCAAAAUCUUGUCCAACAACACCACGAGGUUCAGUGCCCGACCUGUGCCCCGAUGGCGAUAAGAGCGACGAAUAUGAUGAUGAGGAACAAGUUCAGCGAAGGCCAUCAUCGUCUCGUCGUUCACUCCACCAACGUUUCUCGGAGAUGUCGACGUCCAGCAAUGGCUCACUCGGAUUACCGCCACGUGCAAAUUCUCGUCGCAGUAACACAACUCGAUCAAUAACUAGUGAUGAGCUCGAUAACCCUCUAACCAAUGCCUUACCUUCAACUGACCAAGCACCCAUCUAUGAGAACAUUGGUUAUCGUUCGAUGUCAUACCGUAGCAGUUAUCGACAGGCACACUAUCCAACACUUCAGGAUGAACAGUAUCUUCGAAAGCGAGCGUUGUCAGCACAUUCGGUCUCUCACAUUGAUGUUCCAACCAUUGCUGGUUACACCAUUCGCUUGGACAAUGCUCAUAUUCCUGAAGAUGAUGAUGUUACACCGACGAUUGAACAUCCCGAACCGUUAUGGCGUAUACCGACAAGUUUCUCCUGCCAAGCUGGAUUCUCUACGGCAAGUCUUGAUCGAAGAAAUACUAUGCCUUCGCCAUCUUCAACUGCCGUUACUUCACGUCGUGAAUUACAACCAUAUUCACUGUCCUCCUCCCGCAAUCAUUCACCAUCGGCUCAUCGUGUAACAACGUUUCCAGUUUGCAGUUCAGUCAGCGGAAUUUGCGAUAGGUAA